CCGCUGCUUGUCAUCAACGACGCUGCUGCUGCUGACAGUCAUCACCGACCAGCUUUACCAAUAUAGAUUAGGAUGAGCAGUUGCUGAGAUAAGGCAGGAAACCCCGAGGGCAACACCGUAGGGACCGAGCGGAGAUUAAACGUUAGCUACGCCGUUUAACAUUUACUCGGGAGUUGCGAUGGUCCAGUCAAGGGAUAUUUUCAUAGCCUUGCUUCUAGUGGGCUAUACAGUUUCACUGGAAGUACAGAUCACCCCAAGUCACGGUGAAAUUAGUCUUGGAGAGUCCAAAUUCUUCAUGUGUGAAGUUGUAGGUGUUGCCAAGCACAUAGACUGGUUCGGACCAAGUGGGGACAGGAUAGAACCGAACAGACCAGACAUAACAGUAACCCGAAACGAUGAGUCAUCCUCCACCCUCACACUGUAUAAAGCAGGGACUGAAAAUGCAGGGACAUACAAGUGUGUCGCUACCAAUGGAGACCAGCAAGGGGAGUCAACCGUCAAAGUGAAAAUCUUUCAAAAGAUCACCUUUACAAGUGCACCCUCACCCCAAGAGUUCACAGAAGGAGACAAUGCCAACAUCAUCUGUGAUGUCAUCAGUUCCCCUCCUCCCACUGUCCUCUGGAAAUAUAAAGGAGCAAGAAUACAGAUGGAAAAAGAUGUUCGCUUUAAGGUACUGAGCAACAAUCACCUUCAAAUCCGUGGAAUAAAGAAGACAGAUGAGGGCUCGUAUACCUGCGAGGGUCGCCUCAUGGCCCGCGGCGAGAUUGAUCUGCGGGUCAUCAAGGUCGUUGUGAACGUGCUCCCGACCAUCAGGGUAUGGCAGUCAGAAGUGAAUGCCACAGCAGACGUUGGGCAGCCUGCCAUGUUAACUUGUGCUGUUGAUGGCUAUCCUGAACCCAUGGUGACAUGGACAAGGAACGAAGUGGUUCUCGAGGCAGGAGAGAAGUACAGCUUUAAUGAUGAUGGCUCCGAAAUGACAAUAAUGGAUGUUUCCAAGCUGGAUGAAGGAGAUUAUACCUGCAUUGCCAAAAACAAGGCUGGGGAAAGUGAGCAGGAGCUCAGUCUGAGAGUGUUUGUCAAACCUAAGAUCACGUACAUUGUAAACCAGAGCACUUCCGAGAUGGAGGAGCAGGUAACUCUGACUUGUGAGGCAUCAGGAGAUCCAACUCCCACCAUCAGCUGGAGCUCCGGGGACCAAGUCUUCACCGAAGGAGAGCAGGCACAUCUAAACAGGAUCUAUCAGGCAUCAUGGACUCGGCCAGAACAACACAAGAGUCUGGAUGGAAAUGUAGUGGUGAGGAGUGAUGCUCGUGUGUCCUCCCUCACUCUGAAGUAUGUCAAGUAUACAGACGCGGGUCAGUACCUCUGCACAGCACGCAGUGCAAUUGGAGAGGAUGAUCAGCUUGCAUAUCUGGAGGUCCGCUAUGCACCAAAGAUCCACGGUUCGGUGGCAGUGUAUACCUGGGAGGGAAAUGCUGUUAACAUCAGCUGUGAGGUCAAAGCUCAUCCCAGCGAUGUAUCUAUUGUGUGGCUGAGAGACGGACUGCAGCUCCCCAACUCAAACACCACCAACAUUAAGAUCUUCAGGAGUCCAUCAGCCAGCUACAUGCAGAUAACCCCUGAGUCUGAAAAUGACUUUGGAAGCUACAACUGCACUGCUUCAAAUGAGAUGGGCACAGAGUCCAAGGAGUUCCUGCUCAUUCAGGCCGAGGUGCCAUCAGCUCCAUCCAUCACUGAGGUGAGACCCUUCUCCACUACGGCACAGAUCCAGUUUGAAGAGCCAGAAUCCAUUGGAGGUGUUCCUGUUCUGAAAUACAGAGUGGAAUGGAGGACUCAGGGAAGGGGCAGCUGGGUGCAUCAAAUCUAUGAUGUCCAAGAUGGCUACACCAGCGAGGCGACCAUAACAGGCCUAAAGCCGGAGACCAGCUAUGAAGUGAAGUUGUCAGCCAUCAACGGCAAGGGUGAAGGUGAAAGCAGCCCCGCUGAGUUCUUCAAAACGGAGCCUGUCCGGAAUCCCAAUCCUCCGAAACUCCAAGGGGCCCUUCAACCCAAAGGCAACUCCCUCAAAGUCAGCUGGAUCAAGCAGGACGAUGGCGGCUCGCCCAUUUUACAUUAUCUCAUCCGCUAUAAACCAAUGCAGGUGUCAGAGUGGAAACCAGAAAUCCGGAUGCCCAGCGGCAGCGACUAUGUGGUUCUCAGCGGCUUGGAGUGGGACACCGAGUACAAUGUUUAUGUGGUGGCAGAGAAUCAGAAGGGCAAGUCUCAGCCAGCUACCAUGUCCUUCAGGACGUCCACAGAGCCAGAAGCUAUCCCAGAUUUGGGUGAUGAGGCAGCGCUCUCCAUGGGCAUCAUGCUCUGGGCAGGGAUCCUUGUUGUAGUAUUUGUACUCCUGCUGCUAGCUGUGGAUGUCACCUGUUACUUUGUCAACAAAUGUGGCCUCAUCAUGUGCCUCUGCGGUAAAUCAGGCACGGGUACCAAAGGGCACAACUUGGAGGAAGGCAAGGCAGCCUUCAUGAAAGAUGAGUCUAAAGAGCCAAUAGUGGAAGUCAGAACAGAGGACGAGUGCACAGCAAAUCACAACGCAGCAGGACCGACAGAACCCAAUGAAACCACACCUCUCACAGAACCAGAGCUGGCGGCUUACACUGCUGCUCUGGCACUGGACACCCUCUCCUCCGUAGCCACCAACUCUGACACAGCCACUGCAACAAUUGACCCCGCUCAGGACAGCCCCUCUAGCGAGACCACUACCCUCACUUGUAGCCUGUCUACCCCGGCCAACGACCCCUCACCCACCCCUGUCCUGGCCCCGGCCCCGACUCCAGAGUCAAACACAGCCCCGCCGACUCCCCUCCUCUCCACGUCUGCCGUCGAAGCUAAAAUGGCCCCAUUAGUUGAGCAAAGAGGAAGUGACACCCCAGAAGAACAGGAGAAAGUACCUACUCCUCCUUGUACUCCUGAAAGGACUAAAGCUCAAAAAUCGGGGACACCGAUACCACCGAAGCGUAGACACUCUCCUAAGCUUGCAGCUCUGAAUGCUAAAGCUAACCCGCCUGUGUCUCCACUGGCUGCUUCUUCCGCAUCGUCCUCUCCCGCUCUCGACACCAAGAAACCUGCCCCAAGGCCGCCAGUCAACAAGCUUCCCAUUCAGCCACACACUGUAGCCUUAGACACCGAAACGCCAGUACAAACUGCCUCCACUUUAGCAAACACUGCCCCUCCAAAACCAGACCCCGAUUCAUACACAACUGCCCCAGAUCCCAGCGGUUGUAGCCUUACUGCCUUUGACACUAAUAACAAACCUGCUGACCAAACUGUUGAUGAUAACACUGCCAAAGAUGCUGCAAUUCCUUCAGUGAUCCACAGUGCUCCUAAAGACCUGGAUGCUGAAGAACCCGCUCCUCUAGUUGGAGGCGUCCUCUCUCCUUUACCAAUUACUGCUAUUUCUUCUCCUCCUGCCCCCGCCAGUGUUGAGGUGCCCGUUUUAGACGAUCUCUUAACAGCAUCGCCAGACAUGUACGACUUUCUAGCCCUUGACGUAGAGCCCAAAAGUGUGGCUUUAGACUUAGAGUUGACAAACGGGACAAAAAGACCCUCACAAAUCCCUGCAGACCUUAUUAGCUUAGAGAGCCCGCCCUCUGCCCCCUCUCUGCCCAAUGGAGAUGGAGCAGACCUCCCCCCCUCAGGCCCAGUUCUGGAGGCAUCAGAGACUCUGGCCAAGACUGCUCCUCCUGUCAACGAUGAGAAGAUUUUUUCUGAUGAGAAAGGCAAACUGGGGGAGGCAGAGUUAUCAAACGCCCUGACGGAGAUCACUGCAGAACACAACAGUGUCAUACAGACAAAAUCCACCGAGAGCAAAGCAUGAUGGGCUCGGGAAACCCCGGCCCGACCCAAAACAUUUUGCAGCAACAACAAGCGAGAAACACUGCAGAAGUUUUGAUUUCCAGUGCCCUUAACUACAGUUCAUAUUCAAAACAACACACACGUGUCGAUUGGUUAGAGCGCACUUUUACUGUGCUUUCAUUUCUCGUUUCAUUCAUGAAAUGUUUACUACACCCAAUGAGUUUAUCUUUAGAUCGUAAGAGAUUCAUUUUAUUUUUUUAUCGUUAUUUUAUUUAACCAGUCAGGAAGAUUAAGGACAAUCUCUUAUUGUAACGACAGCUUGGUAAAUAUAUGAAAUUAGACUCCACCAUCUGUUCUGUGCUUUAAGUUUGAAAUGCAGC